AUGUUUACAACACAAGCAACGACGUGUCCCAUUACAAAUACAGAGGUGCCAUUAUUUAAUUUUGAUAAUUUAAGGUUUGAAUCUAUAUCAAAUGACACUUUUGAUACAGGUCGACAACUUUGCAAGGAGAAACAGCACCAAAUUUGUCUGAACCUCAUAUCCAUGUUAGGAUUAUCACAAGGUAUCAGUGAAGAAAAUAUUUCAACUAUUCUUUCUUCAAAUUUAAAUACUUUUGAUUCUUUCGAGAAUGCAAUUGGUGUCAUAUUGAAUAAGAUUAUCAAAUAUACAUCAUUAAAUUUACAACAAAACAAGAUCAACGAGAAAAAAUCUAUAUCACCUAAUAAGGCGGAUCAACUAAAUCAGUCACCAAGUGCGGGAGAAGACCUGGUUCCUUUAGCGUAUGUAAGUGAUGAUGAGAUUUAUGAUGUGGAAAUGUCUGAUGAAGAUUCUAGUGAGAUUCAUGGCGGAAUAAAUAAUACUAGUCAAGAUAACGUGAUUGAUCAUGAAUUUGGUCAGGAGGAUAUUGUUGAACUUGAUGAAAGUUUUUUAAUUGAGAAAGAAUCAAGGAAUCAUGAUCCUAUAAAUGCGGGAUGUAGUCGCGAGGAAAAAAGAGCACUUUGGAUUUGUAAUGCUGCCGGAAUUACUCAACCCGAAUAUUUAGAUGAUUCAAAUGCGGAAAGUCUUAUUAUUACGAAUGUUAGUUUGAGCUCUGAAAGUAGUGAACUUGAUUCACUCCCAAGAUUUAAAAUAUAUUGUGGAUAUUUACAAACAGCAGAAUUUAAAAACCAUGUUAGAUCACUUGGGUUCCCAUCAUUACCAGAAAUUCGUGAUAUUAAUAUUCGUAACAUAGCCAAAGGAAGUGAAAAUUUCAGAGGACAUGGGAGACGUUAUGAAUAUUUAGGAAAUCAUGUGCUUAAAUUAUCCACUUUGAAAAUUGUUCUACAUUACUUUAUGAAACCUUUAAACCAUUCACUAGAGAUUAUUAUUGACUUUUUAAAUAGCAGAAUACUAUUCGUUGCUUAUUGUAUAUGUCUAAAUUUACAUGAAGAUAAUAACAUACCCCAAGAUGCUCAUUAUAAAACAUAUGCUGAUGCAUAUAAAACCUACUUUGGCGGACUUUAUUUGGAUCAAGGUGAAGAAGUGAUAACCGAAUAUCUUACGGAGUUAAUGACGCCAUUUUUGUGUAAUCUGACUGAUUAUCAACAUAACAUCGAGUCACAACCACUCGAUACCCAAAUGAUGAGACAAUUAGCUGCAAAAUACUUUAACAUGGAAUGGCUUAUUUGGCUUAUUUAA